UGAAUAAUAUAGUUCUAGAAUUUGCCUAUGCGCUCAAUAGUCGGCCCAAAGGAAGACUUUUGAUUGGCCAGGCUCAGUUUAUAUUGUUCAUAUUAACUAGCCUUAUUGGUGAGAAGACCAUUUGCAUGUUGUAAUUACUGUCCAAAGACUUGGUUAUGAUGAUGCGUUAGGUUUCUCGAAAGGGCCCACCAUUACAGACACAAAUAUCAAAUUUUAUUCUAUUUGUCUAAUUGUUUGCCCCUACAAUUAGACCAAAUUUUGCAUGAUAAUUAUACUCAGGUUUUCUUAUUUUUAUCAUUGCACUAAAGUAGAUGGAUAUUUGUUAACUGUGAGCUUUUCUUUUAUGAUGUUAUAGUGAAUGCAUCUUCUAUAUCUGCCAAUUUGAACAACAUUCCAGUUCUUACGGGUUCCAAUUUUGCAAAAUGGAAAGGGCAUGUUACAAUCGUUCUUGGGUGUAUGGAUUUGAAUUAUGCACUACGUGUUGAAGAGCCUCCUAAACUCACUGAUAAGAGUACAGCUGAUGAAUGGUUAACCUAUGAAAAGUGGGAGCGCUCUAACCGUAUGAGUCUUAUGAUAAUAAAGCACUCUAUCUCUGAGACUAUUCGAGGUGCAAUGCCUGAGGAAGAGAAUGCCAAGAAAUUCCUAAGCCAAAUUGCAGACCGAUUUGUUGCAUGGAAAAGGUGGAGGCAUGUACGCUUCUUAGCAAACUUGUCACCAUGCGGUAUAAUGGCAAAGGAAAUAUAAGGGAGUACAUUAUGGAAAUGUCCAAUAUUGUUGCAAAGAUGAAAGCACUAAAGUUAGAAUUCUCUGAAGACAUCCUUGUGUUCCUCGUUUUGAUUUCACUUCCUACACAAUUUGGUCCCUUCAAAAUCAAUUAUAAUACUCAAAGGGAGAAAUGGACUCUUAAUGAGCUCAUUGCUCAAUGUGUGCAAGAGGAAGAAAGGAUGAAACAAGAAAGGACAGAAAGUGCUCACUUGGCUACUCAUUCUCAUGGCUAUUCAGGCACUAAGAAAAGAAAAUUAAACCCUAAGGCUAAUGGAACUGCAGAUGUUGGGACUUCACAGACAACUUUGCAACAGAUUCAAGAUAAAGGUGUUCACUGUUUCUUUUGCAAAAAGGUUGUCGGUCAUGUGAAGAAGGAUUGUCCCAAAUAUCACAAGUGGCUCGCAAAGAAAGGGUUGUCUAAAGAGUCGAACACCCAGUGAUGCUGAAAGUUUCAUUUAUAUGGGAGAUGACAAUAAAGUUCGUGUUGAGGCAAUAAGAGUCUAUAGACUUAAAUUAGAAUCUAGUUUUUUAUUUGAAUUUGGAUGAGACUGUUUAUGUACCGUCAUUUAGACGGAAUUUGAUUUUUGUUUCUUUUUGGACAAAUCCGGUUAUACUUGUUCAUUUGGUA